CUCAUUAGCCAGCGUGUUUAAAGAGACUGAAUUAGAUCCCAGAGGAACAUUAGAGACUAUAUAUACAGAAAGCAUAAGUCAUGGACAACAGAAGACCCCUACGAAGACAACAUUCUCACAGACGGUCACAGCAGGAGCGGGUCUAUGGACUUAUGCAUCACGAUCAAAGGCGUCUCCUUCCUCCUGCAGGCUGGGCUGGGAAUCCUCGGCAACAUCAUGGUCCUGCUAGCGUACGCGCACAUCAUGUUGACGGAUCCGCACCUGCAGCCAGUGGACAUGAUCCUGAGCCACCUGGCCUUCACCGAUCUCAUACUGCUGUUAACCCGCUGCGUCCCGCAAACCAUGACCGUCUUUGGCCUGAAGAAUCUACUGGAUGACGGCGGCUGUAAGGUCGUCAUCUACACGUACCGUAUCGCCAGAGCCCUGUCCGUGUGCAUCACCUGCAUGCUCAGUGUCUUCCAGGCGGUGACCGUCGCACCUGCGUCAGGACUGCACCUGUCCAGGUUAAAGGCCAACCUGCCACAGCUCGUUGUCCCCAUGUUUGUGGUGCUGUGGUUUCUAAACAUGGCCGUGUGCAUAGCCGCCCCGUUCUUCUCUGUUGCCCCUCGUAACGGCACCGUCCCCCCAUUCACGCUCAACCUGGGCUUCUGCCAUGUAAAUUUCCGUGAUAACCUGUCCUAUGUCAUUAAUGGCGUUGCAGUUUCGGUGCGAGACUUUGCGUUUGUGGGGGUGAUGUUGGGCUCUAGUGGCUACAUCCUGGUCCUUCUGCACCGCCACAGCAGGAAGGUGCGGGGAAUCCGCAGAUCGCAGGGUGGCAUGAAGGAAACGCGGGCGGCGAAGACGGUGGUGAUGCUGGUGGUUCUGUACACCGUGUUUUUCGGCAUCGAUAACGUGAUCUGGAUCUACAUGCUGACGGUGGCUCAGGUUCCUCCUGUUGUGGCUGAUAUGAGGGUGUUCUUCUCCUCCUGUUAUGCAUCUCUCAGUCCGUUCCUCAUCAUCUCCUCCAAUAAGAAGGUCAAAGCAAGGAUGGUGUGUGCGGCAUCAGACCAGGAGCAGCAGGCAGUGGACAACACAGACUCAAAUGUCAAAAAUCAAUCAUAA